CUGGCUGGCCGGAUCGCCGAAGCGCCGCAAGCGCCGUCUCCGGUGGGAAAAGGCAACGCGCGCAGGCAGCGAGCAGUCGCCGUCGCCGCCUUGGUGCAUUGGGGUGGAGUGCGCGCGCUCCUUGCCUGUGUUGUGUGCGUUCGGCUCGGCUCCGGAUGGGGUCACGGUGCUGUUGUUGUGGUGCUUCCCGUGUCGUGGUGGUGCGCUCGUUCGGAUGACCAACGCGGGGCCAACGUGCCGACGCCGGUUGUGAUAUGUGCGCGCUCGAUGUGUGGCUAGGAGGACUGCGACGACGACCCGUUGGAUACCUGCGCGCGACGACAUGUUCCGCUUUUUGAGCAAGCGCUGGAGUCGGCAAGCCAGGGCCGACAAGGGGGGCGCACCGUCCCCGAAGAAUGUCUUGCCCUGCAAAGUGGUCUUACUGGACGGCACUGACCUUAGCGUCGACGUCCCGAAAAAAGCCCUUGGAUCAGUACUUUUAGAACAAGUGUUUUACCAUAUAGACUUGAUCGAGAAGGAUUACUUCGGCUUGCAGUUCACGGAUCCAUUCCAUGUCCAGCACUGGCUCGAUGUCACGAAGCAAGUUCGAAAGCAAGUCAAGAUUGGACCACCAUACACGUUGCAUCUGAAAGUGAAGUUCUACUCUUCAGAGCCAAACACUCUGCGUGAAGAGCUGACAAGGUAUUUAUUCUUCCUACAACUGAAGCAGGACAUCCUUUCGGGAAGGCUGCCAUGCAGUUACCAGACAGCAGUUGAACUGAGCGCCUAUGCUCUGCAGUCUGAAUUGGGUGACUAUGACCCUGAGCAACACACUCCGGAAUUCGUCUCCGAGUUUAGGUUUACAGAAGAGCAGACAGAAGAGAUGGAACUGGACAUUAUUAAUGCAUUUAAAGACCUGAAGGGUCAGACACCUGCUCAGGCUGAAAUGAACUACCUGAGUAAAGUUAAGUGGCUCGAAAUGUAUGGAGUUGACAUGCACACUGUCAUGGGGAAAGACGGCCAGGAAUACUCGUUGGGCCUGACUCCAACUGGCAUUCUAGUCUUUGAGAGGCAAACGAAGAUUGGCCUCUUCUUCUGGCCGAAGAUUACGCGGCUCGACUUUAAGAGCAAGAAAUUGACGCUUGUGGUUGUGGAAGAUGAUGAUGAGGGUCGUGAGCAAGAACACACAUUCGUGUUCCGACUUUACAACCCCAAGGCAGCGAAGCACCUGUGGAAGUGUGCUGUGGAGCACCAUGCUUUCUUUCGGCUCAAGGAGUCUGCGCGGGGACCAAACCCCCGGCAGAAUUUCUUCCGCAUGGGCUCCCGUUUUCGAUACAGUGGACGCACAGAGUUCCAAGCCACUCAGAAGAAUCGUACCAGGCGCACGGUGCAAUUUGAGCGGCGCCCUAGCCAGCGAUACUCGAGGCGCUCCACCAGACAAAGUCACCAUCGAGCAUCACUUCCUAACUGCGCGGCCCUCAAUGCUGUGGAUCCUGCAGGCACUGUCGAGGUGGCCAGUGCGACACCACUCGACAUAACAGUUGGACCACUGCUAAUUGAGAACAUCCCGGCAGAUGUUGUGCCAGUUGCCAGCCCUGUUGUGGCCACAGGGGAGGCAGAAAACAGGCUGGACACCCUCAUUCGUUCUCUUGCCAAGGAGACAAGUUCAGCCUCAGACACCAGAAACGAUCUGACUGUCUAUAAGAAAGGAGACGUUCCUGCAGACCCGGAACCAGAUGCUGAGGAGCUGAGUAGGAGGCUGAAGGCCCUGGACAGUAGCUGCAGUGCUAGCGGCACUAGCUGCAGCAGAAGCAAUAGCAACCGGAGCAACAGCAACAGCUCGGCAGGAAUGGGUGGUGGUAGUGGCAAGGACUGCUGUGCAGCUGGCACUGUCACUGUGGUUUCAUGCGGUGUUAAGAACAACCAGGCCAAAGCUGGUACCAGCAGUGGUAUGCCCAAGCCAAUACCUCCUGACCAGAUGAAGUGCAACAUCCUCAAGGCCAGGGCAGAAGAAGACAAGCGUAGGGUGCCAAGUCUUGGAGUUGUUGGAGAGAAAGUGCCGUUGCUUUUAUCGGACGAUGAAGAUGGAAAGCCACUUAUGGCAGAAAAGUACAAGACUGUCAUUCAUGUGAACGGUGAAUCCAGUGAGUUUUCUGGAGCCAAAGCAGCUGUGAAUAGAGAAAAACUAAGACACUGUGAUACGAAGGAUCUCUUGGCUGAUAGUACUGCUGUCCUCAGCAAUGGACAUGCUGGUGACCUAGUGGCUGCACUGUCACCGGGGUUGUCUGCCGGCAGUGGUGCCGCUAGCGCCAACGCAGGCGGCUGUAGCCCGCUGCCGGCAUGCGCGCACCAGCAGGCACCACGUGCCAGCAGCCCUGAUUCCUCGCAGCUACUCAUUCAAUUUGAUAGCGAGGACGAGGAAACACUGCCGCCGGCAGGCUGCAAGGCUGACCCUGCACUGCUGCUUAACAACAGCAACCACAGCAACCCCCCUCCCAACACCUCGCUCCUGCCGUCCAAGAAACCCAUUAGUGCACCCGCUGAACAUGCCCCUCCUCCUCCUCCCACUGCUACCCUUGAGCCAGCACUGCCACCACCACCACCAUCUCCCCCAACACUCCCCAAAAAGAACUUGGAUGGUGUGGUACUCACUGAGACGUCAUUUGCUGGGGCAAAUCCCGUUACGCGCUCGCUUUCCUCGGCAACGCAUCCACGCAUCAGCAACGGUGGGGUUGCCGCACCCGUAGUGGUCAAGCGUACGCUGUCUAACUGCACAUCCAGCCAGCUGUCGCCAUGGCAUGUUGGCUCGACCGAUGUCCCUGCCCCCAAACGGCAUGUAGAGAGGCGCACUGUCAUGACCACGGAGCUCUGACAAGAGGAGAGCCAUGUCCUUUUACUGAUUUUAGUGCCACGACCACUCUUGGUUGAGAAAGUGUUGUGUGCACUACCGCUACACUGCUGUACUGUGGGACCAGUGAGUUUCCAAAAGAUGAAGUAGUGGUACCACAUGCUAGAUGCCAUGUAUUUUUUUUUUUAAUGACUGCAAAACUGUUCAGUUUUCAUAUGCUGUUGAAUUUCAAAAUGAGCACGACUGCAUGUGUUGACUUAUGAGGCUGCUAUUUCUUGUGACAUAGAAGUGCAACUGUUUCUUUUUUUUUAGGGGCAGUCACUCCUGUUUAGAAGGGAGGCAGGUUCCUGCUAUGGCAUCGUAUGUUCCUCAUAGUUUCCAUAUGUAGCCAGCAGCUUAAGAAGAGCUUGUUAUUAAUAAAGUAAGAAAAUAUCCUGCCUGCCCCCUUAGUGGUUUGGUGCCUGCAGCUGCCAAUUAAGCCCCCUGUUGAACUACAAGUGCCUAAUAGCUUUACAAACUACUGUUGGGCCAUCAGCUUUGACCUUUCUCCACAUGUGGUUAUUUGUUUUUAUGCCGUUCUUUAAGUAUUUGCAGGUUCACCACGUCUUGCUAUUUCAGUAAAAUUGAGCAGUUCCUGCUUGAACGUUUGGGCAGAGUAUUGACAGCAGCAGCAAUUUGUGCCUGUGUAUGUAUCAUUGCCUCCAAUUUUGACAUCCAAAUCAUGAGAAAUCAUGAGGCUCACCCUUGCACGGACAGUCUCCCAUCUGGAUGCACUUCCAGUGUGCCUGCCUCAUGAGUCCUGCCUUAUUUCCUCAUUUAGUAUGGCUCGUAAAACUAUGCAGUGUUCUGUAGCCACACAAUAACUGCAAGCGAAGCAAUGAGUGCUCUUAAAACAUUUUCAUUGUGAUGUCCAAGUUGGCUGGGAAGUUUUUCAAGUGCCUGGAAGGUCAUUUUUGACAGCUGAUGGACCCAUAGUAUACUACAGCUUGUAGCACAAGAGAGACAGUGUGAAGCUGCACACUUUUUCAUUAACUUAUGGCAGCUAUAAACGAGAUUGAGGUGUAUGGUUGGUGGGCAUAUUGAUUGGCCUUAUCAUUGCAUGCUUCUUUCUCUAUAGAAUGCAAGUGCUGUGGAGCUGGCAAAGUGUUUCUGUAAGAGAAAGGCUUCACUUAGCUCUGCAGCCAGUAAGAACUGAUACAGUAGAACCCCACUGAUGUGUUAAGAAAAACAAAGACAGGAAAAAUGGAAGUUUUUUUCUCUUUGUUUUAAAGGCAUUUUUCUAAUGUUCUGUGUCAUGAUCAUAUAAAGUGGGAAAUCACGUGAAAUGGGAAGAUUGCAUUGGGUGUCUACUAAAUUCAUUUCGGCCCCCAUGAACAUUAAGGAAAGUAUAACAUUCUUUCGUGGUUCUAAGAUUUGACAACGUUGUUUUCCUUUGUGCAGUUGGGCUGUAUUGUCAUUGCACCUGCCGAUUUCCCCCCCCCCCUCCCCUGUUCUUAUGGAUGUGCACCUCUCUUUUAAAUGUAGAAAUCAUAUACUGAUCAGACUGGUGGUUGUGAUUGUUAUUAUCUUGCUUUAGCUUUUAUAUCCUCAGUAUCUGUAUUGGUAGCUGCCAACAGAUUCUGUAACAACUUGCAUUUGUACAGUGCCAGCUGUCUUACUUCUGUACUUCUUUUACACUGACUGUUACAGAUAUUUUUGGAAGGUUUUUUUUUAAUGUAGAUGAUAUUUUAGCAAUAUUUGGUGUUGUGUAACAUGUGAAAGGUGAAUUUGACAUUUACAGACUGUAUAUGAUGUGUUUGAAGGACUCUGCUGUGACUUUGUACUGUGGUGUCUUAGUGCUUGACAAGUGGUUAAAGCGAACAGAUUUUUAUUACCAACUCACAUAUUUGGCAGAGUUGAGCAGAGAAGCCUGUUGGAGAUAAUGUACAAUGUUGGGUAGUCAGCUUUGAAACUCGAGAAUGUUGUCCUGCCACAACAACAUUCUUUGUGCUUGCUUCAGUAAAGUGCUUUAGUCAUCUUAACAAGGUCAAGGAAAUGCUUUAGUGACUUCCUGGAAUUAUUCAUUUAAUUGACUUGACAGUUGACAUGUCACCAGGAUAUUUACUGUGAAGAGACAUGCAGUUAGGUUAUUGCUCCACAUUCUUUGUGAAUAUUUCAAGAAGCAACAGUAAGUUGCAAAUUUAUGUGGUUUGUUUAUGUAGGAUUCAUAUAGCUUUCUGUGCAUUGGGUUUCUCUGACAUUUUAGCAGUUUCACAGCUUUGAACUAUCAAUUCUCAAAAAGCAGUAAAAUGUAUGGACCAAGUAGAUGCACCACAGAAAGGUAGACGCACUUCAGAGUUGGGCUCGAGUUUAUCAGGCUGUUCCUGGGGCUGUAUUUUGUAAUGAUUGUUUUCAUUUUGCUUUUUUCUCUGAGCCUCACAUUUGAGUGGCCAGUCAUGGCGAAAACGGUGUGUGCAAUGAUGUGAGCAUUGUCAGGACAAUCAUGUUACCAAUCAACACUACCAUUUUGGCCAGUGCCAAUUGUUAUACCGACCAUUGCCAGUUUUAGCAAAUGGCACACGAUGGCAAAUGUAAACCAGUGACAAAAAGGGGAAAUGAUUGGGUCUUAAAAGGAAUUAUUGCAAAAUCUGGCCUCUGUGCUCGUGUCAGGUUAAUGUGCCUCUUUUUAAAUAAACAGAUUUCUUGCUGCAUGAUUUAAUACCAUAUCUAAUGAUUAAAAGAUAAUGAAAUGUGAAGCUGCACCAUUAGACACUGUGCUGGUUACGGGUGUUUAGGUGUGGUGUGCAGGUUCUGGUAACGGUUGUCCAGUCAAAUGGUUUGCGUGUUUGAGGUUGUAUAUUUACUUAUUUUGGCUGGCGCUGGAACAGGUUGUGUCCAUUGCUUUUGCCAGAGUACACCAUGACUGCACGUGGUAACAGUUGUCUUGAGCAGUAGUCAUUAGACGUUUUACUAAAGACGUAUAAUUAUAUUGUUGAUAAGCAGGUGACUUUCCUAUUCCCUAAAAAUUUAUUUCGUCGAAGUGCUUAGUGUUUUAGUAACCAAGGGUAAUAACUUCUGCUGUUGCAACUUAAGUGCCUCUUAUAUGGGGAUGUUUAUUUCUCUGUACCUGUGCUAGAUUUUUGUCAAACAUUUUAAUGUUUACUUCACUGUUUGGAAACAUUUCAGAACGAGGCUUGCACACUGUGCAGGACGCACAUUCCAUCCACAUGUUGUCUCUUUUAUGAGAAGUUUAUGUAGUAGCUUUUACUAUAUGACCUUGUGUAAGGGAGCUUAUUCCCUUCACAGGAAAGAGUGCCGUCCAAACUUGUUAAAGGAUCUUGUCUGUGGAUAUAGGAGUAAAGACUAUUUUUAGCAGCUUUUCAAUUUUUUUUUUUUUUCACUAAGAACUCAUUCCGUAAGUGCCAUUUUUGGGGGCCGAAUAUUUCUCGUUCCUUCGUAAGGUUUACAAAAGCUGCUAGUUUCAUGUGUAUGUAUGCAUGUUUGUGAAAAUAAAAUAUGAGACAUAA